GAAUCUCGGGCCCAAGCAAAGUGGUGCUCCCUUUCCCGAAGCUUUUCCACAGAUGAGCAAACCAAACGCUACAAUCCCCAUCACCCCAUUUGCCCGAAAAGCCCAAUUUUGAUUCCCAUUUGUAACCGUAGAUCGAUCACUAUUUCCACACUCUCUUACGAUCCUAGCUGUUGGUUUAACCACAAUUACCAACAUUAACUCGGCUCUCGUAGUCUCGUAGCUCAAAAUUACCAGUUUACCACGAUAUGGCUGUCGUUUACCCCAGACGAAACGACCAGUGGAGCAGGCUAGAGUGUCGUAUUCACCGUUCAUUCCGGUUUUCAUGCAGAGAAACCAGUUAAAAAUAAAAAGGAAGAAAAGCCCAGUUUCCACGAUGCACAAACUUCAAGAAUAUCUCUCUCCCUCAGUCAUUUCUGACUUAUAUGAUUCAGUAGUGGCAGGUAGUAGUAUUAGAUUUUGCAGCCCACUGGUCUCAGCUUUUUUUCUCUCUACCCCCCCAUUAAUUUCGAUGUUGAUGGGAUUCUUCAUCAUCAUCGCUUCAUCAUUCAUCAUAUAGCUCAGUAGCUCUAGCCUUUUCUAGGCGGCCUCUAGUAAAGCUGUAAAUAGCUUGCUCCUCAAAACUCAAAUCAUUGACUGGAAAAUGGCUUGUUCGAUUGCUUAAUUCAAGCACUCUCAAAUUCGUCUAUCCAGCAAUUCAAUUCCAGAAAGCUGGUACUUCUCUAUUUUUCUGUGAUAAGGAGAAUUCUGGGCUGCCUCUUUUUUUUUUUUUUUUUGAUUUUAGCAGGAAAAAUGAUUCUACAGAUGGAGCUCUGAGUUGGUUAUAUUCUGUUUCAUUAAAAGCGAAUUGAUCGGGAGACAGUUUCUCCAUUGCCGUUGGUAAAAAGAUUCAGCCUUUGUUUCCUAUACAUAUACCUUGUAAUUUUUGCUCCCGGUUUUCACAUGCAUGCCUUUUUGAGUGAUUACGAAAUUUGGAGUUUAAAUUUUUACUCUUGAUUUGGAUAACAUUUUUAUCAGUUUUUGAAUUUGGACACCCUCAGAGGAAGAGUGUACUAAAGGAACGGCCAUGGCCUCUCACAUGUUAUUAACCAACAUUUUUCAAUCAUAACAAUUUUAUAUUGCAGAAUCAAGUUCCUCUUACUGAAAGGAACUGUGAUUAAUUGGUCCUUCAAUAACGUCCUAAUUUGUUUAGAUACGCCAGUUACACAAUGUGAAUUUGGAAUUACUAGCUAUCUACACAGAAUCGCCCCAAAAAAUAAAAAAUGAAAAAAAAAAAUAAUCAAAAGAAACAGGAUUGCAAGAUAUCUGGCUGCCUGAUAGACGAUUGGUUGCAUUGAACCCCAAUAUAGAAUCAAAAUAUAAACUUUCUCUAAUUGAUUGAAAUAUUAACUCGAAAAUUCUGUUUACCUCAAAAUCCGCCCUUUUUUGGCCAUAAGAAUGGAGUUUUUCCAGUUCAUUUAGUCAAUCUGCUGCUCUUAUGAUUCUUGCUGUAGGUUUUUUGGGCACUCAUGAAGAGGAAGAGAUUAGAUGAAUGCUCAAACCCAAUUGAUCCAUACCCUUUUGAGGCAUAUUGGUGGGAGGCAUGGCAUCCGGUUGAGCGAUUGAGAAUUAAGGAUGGACGCAUAGCUGUGCUUGUGGUAGUUGGAGAUGGAGAGUUAAUUGAGGAAAUGAUUCCUAUGUCUAAUCUCCGAAUGAGGUCUAGAAAAACCACUCUCAAUGACUGUACCUGCAUUUUGCGACCCGGGCUUGAUGUUUGUGUUCUUGAGACUUCAUCUGAUGAAGACGAUAAAUCACCUGUGAGUACUACUUUUUCAUUACUUCUGAGUUCGAAUCAUGUAUCCAUGGAGUUUCUUUUCAUUAGUAAUCUUUUCAUUUUGAAUAAUGGAGUAGAGUGAGAGAAUGAGAGAUCCUGAAUCUCAAAUUCUGUUAAAAAUGUUUGAUCAUUCAGCUAUGUCUUAGUCUCUGCUGUUUACUCUUCUUUCCCCCCUAAUACCAAAAAGAUUCUCCUUGGAAACUGGGAGUUAAUAUAUACUCUGAUGUUCUUACAUUCUGAAAUGCAUUCAGCAAACAUCUCCACACCGACCAUCUCCCCAAUAAGUAUAACGUAAGACCAAUGGAUGCUUAUUUGAUGGUCGAUUCUCCUUGAAAUAGGGUAUCGUGAAGGAGGAAAUGUGUUCAAUCCAGUGAAAAAAACCUCUUUGAACUUCCUACAAACAUAAAUUCCUUAGUCAUUUUUUAACCAAGUCAAUUAAAUGUUACCAGCUGUUGUUUUGAUUUUACCUUUUCUUUAUUUGCUUUCUCGUAGCUAGCUAUAAAAUAUUCUCCCUGCUCCAGUUAAUUUUAUCUUUCCGAUAGAUUAUACUAACUGAUGCGCUGUUGUGGUGAAGAUCUGGACUGACGCAAGGGUACGAUCAGUUGAAAGAAAGCCUCAUGAUCCAACAUGUGCUUGCGAGUUUUAUGUCAGCUUCUACGUUAGGGAAGGUUCUUCUCUGACAGUGAAGAAAAAGCUUAGUAAAGAGAGAACCUUGGUGCAUUUGGAUCAGAUUUUCAUUCUUCAGAAACUUGAAUCAAUCCCUUGUGUGGAUCAGCAUUACCGUUGGAGCACGUGUGAGGAUUGCUCAUCACUUUUGAAGUUCAAACAUUUUACAGGGAAAUUUUGUUCUGAUAUUUCGUGGCUAGUUGCUACAUCUGUUCUCAAGCAAACAAUCUUUGAUGUGAGGUCCAUCCAAAAUCAGCUGGUUUAUGAGAUCGCUAAUAUUGAUGGGACCAGCGACUCAAGUGGUUUCUCUUAUUCCGUAAAUUUCAAAGUAGACAAUGACAUAUUGUCUUCCAUGGUAGUCAAAUUUGUUCCGGAGAUGCAACCUGGUAUGGAGAUGCAUGGCCAUGAUCUGUCAGCCGUGAAUGAACCCCUUUCACUUCGCCGAUCCAAACGCCGGUUUAUGCAGCCUGAGCGCUAUCUAGGUUGUGAUAUGCCAGAAUUUGAAGUUGAAAUUACUCAGCUAGGGGAGCGAAAGAUGUACAAAUGUGAUUCUGAUGAGGAAUACAAAGAGCUACCUCUUGCAUUAUCCAUUCAGGCUGACCAUGAGCAUCAGAAAAAUGAAAAAGUUGGAAGCAGUAAACCCUCAGGUGAAAGAAAGUCGAAGAAUGUAUCAAGUAAACAUGUCGAAUCAUCUGCUUCUGAAAAGGCUGAGAGUGCGAGGCCAGGCCCAAGCCAAUCAAUUCGGGAGAAGAAACAGUCUCAUCCCUCCCAACUUUCUCUGGUGCCCCAGUCAAUUUCUUCUGAGGGAAAGUCGAUUCUCCGUGAACUGGAUGCUCCUGAAGACCAUCUUGGAAAUGUGGACCUCAUUUCCAAGUAUCUUUAUGAAGCUGGUUCGAAAAGGGCAUACAAAAAGAAGAUUGCUCAGCCUAUCUUCAUGAAGAAUGAACGCGGGCUAUUGGUACCUCGUUAUAGGAAAAUAUAUAAAAGAAAGGCAUUCUGCGUUCGCUCAGAGUGGGAAAGCAUUUAUAACAUGAAGCCUUCGGGAAAGAAAUCCAUUACUGCUGCUGCUUGCCGGGAAUUAUUGGAAAGAUGCAUGCAGAACAUAGAUGCAACCAUCAACGUGGAACAGCCACCAAUUAUUGACCAGUGGAAAGAGUUUAAGUCAAUGAAUUUUCAGGAUCGUAACGAAGAUAAUGAGAAAGCUACUGAGAGUGCUAAAGAGGAAAUCUCAGAAAUUGAUAUGUUGUGGAAUGAAAUGGAACUUGCCUUGGCAUCCUUUUACUUCCUUGAUGAUAAUGAGGAUUCUCAAGCAUUUAUGGCAAAUGUGAACCUGUCUGAUGAGCAUGUUAGAAAUGGGUGUCAACAUGAUUACAGACUCAAUGAAGAAAUUGGUGUCAUAUGCCGACUAUGUGGUUUUGUGUUGACAGAAAUAAAGGAUGUCUCACCUCCAGUUUGGUCAUCAACCAACUCAGCCAAUUCAUAUGUAAAUAAGGAGCAGAAGAACGAAGAAGAUUCAGAGAAGAAACCAAAAGCACCUGCUGACCUUGAUAAUUUUCAUGUUCCAGCUACCUCUAACUUGCCUUCCGCUGCUAGCGAAGGAGAGGAGAAUGUAUGGGCCCUAAUACCUGAGCUGGGGAGUAAGUUACGUGUUCACCAAAAGAGAGCUUUUGAAUUUCUCUGGAGGAACAUUGCUGGAUCAUUGGUACCAGCCCAAAUGGAGGAGAACCAGAAGAAGAGAGGUGGUUGUGUAAUUUCUCAUACCCCUGGUGCUGGAAAAACCUUGCUGAUUAUUACUUUCCUCGUGAGCUACUUGAAACUCUUUCCUGGAUCUCGGCCAUUGGUGCUUGCUCCAAAGACAACGCUUUAUACUUGGUACAAAGAAAUUAUCAAGUGGAAAAUUCCUAUACCAGUUUAUCAGAUUCAUGGAGGUCAAACAUACAAAGGUGAGGUUUUGAGGCAAAGAAUGCGGUCAUCUCCAGGUCUUCCUCGAAACCAAGAUUUUAUGCAUGUCUUGGACUGCCUCGAAAAGAUGCAAAAGUGGCUUUCACAUCCCAGUGUCCUGCUUAUGGGCUAUACCUCCUUCCUGACAUUGACAAGAGAAGGUUCUAAUUAUGCACACAGGAAAUACAUGGCCCAAGUUUUGCGGCAAUGUCCAGGAAUUUUGAUACUUGAUGAGGGACAUAAUCCAAGGAGCACGAAAUCAAGGCUCAGAAAAGCCUUGAUGAAAGUUGACACCAAACUCAGAGUCUUACUUUCUGGUACUUUGUUUCAGAACAAUUUUGGGGAGUAUUUCAACACUCUUUGCUUGGCAAGGCCAACUUUUGUGAAGGAGGUGUUGAAAGAACUGGAUCCCAAGUGGAAUAAAAGUGGUAAAAGUAGCUUCUCACGGGAAAACCGAUCAAGGAAAAUUUUCAUCGACAAAAUGUCAAGGAUGAUCGACUCAAAUGAAGCUGAGGAAAGGUUGGAGGGUUUAAAUAUUUUGAAGAACCUGACUGGUAAAUUCAUAGAUGUAUAUGAAGGUGGCAGUGCUGACAAUCUUCCCGGUUUGCAGUGCUACACAUUGAUGACGAAAUCAACUUCCCUCCAACAGUCACUUCUGGACAAGCUUCAAAAUCAGAGGCCUGUGUUCAAAGGUUUUCCACUGGAGCUGGAACUUUUGAUCACCCUUGCAGCAAUCCACCCUUGGUUAAUAAGAACCACUUCUUGUUCAAAUCAAUACUUCAGUCCUGAAGAGCUGGAGGAUCUCGAAAAAACCAAAUUUGAUGUCAAAUUUGGUGCAAAGGUCCGAUUCAUCAUGAGCCUUGUACCCAAGUGCAUCCUCAGAAGGGAGAAGAUUCUGAUAUUCUGUCACAACAUUGCUCCAAUUAACCUUUUACUUGAGCUAUUCUCCAACAUUUUCAACUGGCGAAAGGGGCGGGAAGUGCUUGUGCUUCAAGGUGACAUCGAGCUGUUUGAACGCGGACGUGUCAUGGACAAGUUUGAAGAGCCUGGAGGACCGUCGAAGAUCAUGCUGGCAUCAAUCACAGCUUGUGCUGAAGGCAUUAGCUUAACUGCAGCAUCACGAGUGAUCUUACUGGAUUCGGAAUGGAAUCCAUCGAAGAGCAAGCAAGCGAUCGCUCGAGCUUUUCGACCAGGUCAGGACAAAGUUGUGUACGUGUAUCAGCUUUUGGCUGCUGGGACAUUGGAAGAAGAGAAAUACAGUAGAACUACAUGGAAAGAAUGGGUUUCGAGCAUGAUUUUCAGUGAAGAACUGGUUGAGGAUCCUUCUCAUUGGCAAGCACCAAAGAUUGAAGAUGAAAUGUUGAGGGAGAUUGUGGAGGAAGAUCGAGCUGCAUUGUUCCACAGGAUCAUGAAAAUUGAAAAGGCUUCAAGCGUGAUCAGAGAACCAGAGGUGAAAAAUAACCCAUCAUCAUCUGAACGAGCAGCUGCAGAAUAAGGACGAUGCCUAUAUGUGCAUGUAUGUAUUGUAUUUCUAUAACAGGUUGUGCUUUUAAAAUAAAAUUUACCAUCCAUUUCAAAAUAAGAGUCCUAUAUGAUGUACUAAAAGUUUUAGUUGUGCUAUUUAGUACAAUGAAUAGUACUCUUAUUUUGCAACGGAAGGAGUAAAUAAAUAGAGAAUGUGUUCAAUUAAGAUGGACUGUUUACUUCUUUGUAAUGUACUAAUUUAAAUUGUAACUUAUCAUUCCUGAUGUCAAAUGUGUUUUUUUUUGGUUAUAUAAUGGGGAAGCCAUUGGCUUAAUUACAG